AUGGCUAAUGAUGUAAAGGAAGGUGAAAUUAGACUCGCAUCAUUUAUAUGUGAACAUGAUCUUCCCAUUAGAGUAGCAGAGCACAUGCCUCAGCUAAUACAAGCAAUAUGUAAAGAUUCAGAAAUAGCGAAGCAAAUUAAAUAUAGUGGAAUUAAAUUAACGUCAUUGCUCAACAAUGUAACAGGGAAAGAUAGUUGUAACCAAUUAUUAGCCCAUCAACAGAAGUCAAAAUUUUCUCUAAUAGUAGAUGAAAGUACCGAUAAGGGAUGCAUAAAGCAUUUAUGUAUGGUAGCACGUACAUUUCUAAAUGACGAGGUAAAGGAUUGUUUUCUUGGGCUCAUUCCAUUGCAGCAUGCAGCCGCAGUGGCAUUGUAUAACAAUAUAGUCAGUUUUUUUAGAGACAAUCAAAUUGACUACAAGCAUAAUAUGAUAGGUUUUGGUGCUGAUGGCGCAAAUGCAAUGUUAGGGGCGCAUAAUUCUCUGUCUUCACAUUUAAAGAAUGACAUAAAGGGUCUCUUUAUCAUGAAAUGUAUCUGUCACACAUUUGCAUUAUGUGCCUUUUAUGCAUGCUUGAUGCUGCCUAGAAAUAUUGAGGACUUAGCACGUGUGUUUUCAGCUACUUUCAGUGCAGUCCCAAGCGAAUAG